AAUCGUUUCAAGUUUCUGACUUUCGUCAAAAGUUGCAGACUUUCUGAGAGAUGGAGUGAGUUUAGGCUAAGUUAAGUGGUUCUCGAGUCUCGACUCGUUCGAUUCAGUUGCUGCAGAGAUCUGCAAUGGGGUCUUCGUCGUCGUUCUGGAACAGAGCUUCACGAGAAGCCAUGAAAAGCGGUGUGUUUGUCGCGAAAAUCUACUGCUUCCUCCAUGUAACCACCAACUAUUUCGGCUUCGCUGGUUAUUCUUAUGGUCCGAGCAUGAUCCCAACGUUUCGUCCUUCGGGCAAUAUCUAUUUGGCGGAACGAAUCUCCAAGCGGUCUCAGGAACCGAUUCGUGGAGAUGUAGUUGUGUUACGAUCUCCAGAAGACCCUAAUAAGACUCCGAUCAAGAGGGUGAUUGGAAUUGAGGGAGAUUGUAUAAGCUUUGUGACUGAUCCCAGGAAUAACGAUACAUCAAAAACCGUCGUGGUUCCUAAAGGACAUGUCUUUGUUCAAGGUGACUACACUCAUAACUCGAGAGACUCAAGAACCUUUGGUACUAUACCGUACGGCCUUAUUCAAGGCAGAGUGUUUUGGAGGGUUUGGCCAUUUGAAGAUUUUGGACCGCUUGGACCGACCCCAACUUGAGAAUUAUGGUUAGCGCAGGAGUGAGCUUGGUCCUGUAGCUCGAUGACUUAGGCAGUUUUGUUAGUGUGGUUUCUCGUUGUUAAGCACGACUGAGUCCGUUUAAUAACGACUGAUGGAGAAAUUUGAAAGAGGCAAAUUCCAUGUGAGAUUCGUGUAAGAAUAGUGGUGGUGACUCCCCAUGAUAAUUUUGAUUAGUGCCGAUGUGUACGAAUUGUCAAGAUAUGAGCAUAAUAGAAGAAUGGGUGAUUUUUAUGUUUCUGUUACAACACAUACAA